AUGUCAGCCGCUGGGAGGCCUCGUCCUAACUCCCUUCGUACGCCCCAGCAGAAAGUUCCCAUCACCUUCACAGAAGACGACUACGGAACGGACACCGGCGAGGAGGACGACCCGAUCGUCGUUGAAGCCCUCAUCGCAAACGGUAAGGUACGGCGGGUACUCAUCGAUACAGGUAGUUCUGCUGACAUUAUGUUUUACGAUGCUUACAAAACCCUAGGCUUAUCUGUGAAAGACCUGAUCCCCUAUGACCAUGACCUGAUCGGGUUCACUGGGGACAGAGUCCUACCAUUAGGAUAUUUUGAUGCAUACCUCUCCCUAGGAGACCCUAAUGUUUGCAGGACUAUCAAGGCCCGGUUCUUAGUGGUGAAAUGCCCAACAGCCUACAACGCCAUCAUCGGCAGACCAAGCCUCAAUGUCUACCGAGCCAUCAUCUCCACCCACCACCUGAUGCUGAAAUACCCGUGGGCCGGUAGGGCAAUUUCCGUACGCGGAAACCUAACCAUGGCCAGGGGGUGUUAUAACUUUAGCUGCAGAUUGGCGCGAGAGGAUCGUAAGAGGAAAGAGCCUGACCGAGGCAAACGGGUCGAAAACCUCCAUCUACGAGCAGGAGCGUGCUUGGCGGACAUCGAUCCGCGAGUGGACCAAUCCAGAGAGGACCAACGUCUUAAGCCGGACGGGGAAGCACGGCCAGUCCAGAUCGGCCGUGGCCUCGAGCAAACCACUAAACUGGCGCGAGACCUCCCUCAGGAUCUUUCCAACCGUCUGGAGACCCUUCUGAAAAGCAACGGGCACCUAUUUGCGUGGUCAUCCGCAGAUAUGCCGCAUUCUGCAGCCACAAGCUAUCAGUAG